GCAAAGAACUGGGAAAGGCAAGAGCCGCAAAGCAAGAAGGUGCGUUGCUGUUUGUGGGAGCUGGUGGUGAUGCGGGUGAUGUGAGUGCGAGGUCAGAGUAACAACCACCAUGCGUGGCGUGCUUGUGUGCUUGUGCUAUGCUUGCGCGGGCAACGCGCACGGCCACACAUUUCUUCGCUGAGUGGUUGCUGCGACAAGUGCGGUGCCCGUGGUGUGUGUGUGUGUUGACAACAGCAGCUGAGGAAAGAAAGAAAGCACAACGGGAGAGAGGGGCUGAUACAUGCAAGGGGGGCGUGGUUGGCGUGCGUGGAAACAGACUCAGGCGGUUGUGGCACCUCAAGCGCAGCCCCACAGCUCAAGGGGAUGGUUGGCAGUGGUGGGGCGAGUCCCCGGCGCAGCAGGCGGCACUCCUCCCAAGGGAAACGCAGGGGAAGUGGCAGGUGGCUUCCACCAGGCGACAACAACAACGACAACAGCACAGACACACCACGAACGACACCAGCGGGCACACGGAUGGUGUACUGCCAAUAUUGCGGCCACGCGGAUGCCGGCCGAUACUGCGCACGCUGCGGCCGUCCACAGGCCGACAACCCGCCACGUGGAGAUGUCGACUAUGAGAAGGUCGAGCGCGAGCUGCGCAAGAAGGGAGAUCCAGAAGUUGGCGGCGAAGUGAUUCUCUUUGAAGGGACGACGUGGCCCGCGUGUCUGUUUUCGCCCGUGUGCUGCUCGUCGACAUAUUGGCGCAUCACGAACAAGCGCAUUGACUGGGAGCACGGCUGCUGCCGCAACCACUCGGACACCAUCGACAUGCGCCGUGUCAAGGACCUGGCGCUGCGUCGCAAUGUGUUCCAGCGCAUUUUUGGGCGCGGCACAGUUGUGGUCUACUCGGACGGCGAGGCGAGCGCUCCCAUCCUCAACAUCUCAAUGUUCAGGGCAGCCACCCUCUACCACCGCCUCCGCAAGGUUGUAGCUGUUGUUGUUGUUGUUGUUUAA